CUCACCUGGUACUCCACAGACCGCAUAACAGCCACUUGCUUCAUCCUGCCUGUGAGUUAGUGGGGGCUUUUCCUCUGUCUUCAGCAGGACUCGAAGAUGCCGCAGUUACUGCGAAACAUUAAUGGGAUCAUCGAAGCCUUCAGGCGCUAUGCCAGAACAGAGGGCGACUGCGCAGUGCUGGAAAGAGGGGAGCUGAAAAGGCUGCUGGAGAAAGAGUUCGCUGACGUCAUCGUGAAACCCCAUGACCCGGCCACUGUGGAUGAAGUCCUGCGCCUGCUGGACGAAGAUGACACAGGGACGGUGGAAUUCAAGGAAUUCUUGGUCUUGGUGUUCAAAGUCGCCCAGGCCUGUUUCGAGACACUGAGUGAGGGUCCUGAGGGAGCGUGUGGAUCUCAGGAGUCUGGCCGUGUUGCCCCUGCAGCCACCCAGGAACCAGGGGCAGGACAGAGAGGCAGCACUGCAGUGGGAAGGCCUGGGAACAGACAAGGCCCGGCAGGAAGCAGCGACACACAGAGUGAGCAGGCUUCUGGGGGGCUGGGAGGGCCUGUGCCUCAGACCCAGGGUCAGGACAUCAGCUCUGCUCAGGACAGGCAAUCUGCGUCCCAGAGACAGGAGGGAGUGAGCCAGUCUACACAAGCAAGGGGCCACGUGGAGCAGGCCCAGAGAACGCGAGAAGACAAGAGUCCUCAGACCAGAGAGAGGGGGACAGAGAGACAGCCACAGGCCAGGGACCAGGACAGAGCCCACCAGACAAGUGAGGCCGUCCCUGGAACCAUAACUCAGACUCAGACAAGUGCCAGUCAGGCAGUGGAGCAGGACAGGAGCCAGCAGUCAGGAAGCGCCAGCACCCACGCCAGCACCCAGCCACGGGAGUCCACCAGAGGGACUGAGGCCCACAGUCAAGAUGGGAGGCAGACAAGCCAGGUGGUGACAGGAGGACACAUUCAGACACAGACAGGGUCACACACCCAGACUCACACUCAUACCACGGAGCAGGACAGGAGCCAGCAGACAGGAAGCGCCAGCACCCAGCCACGGGAGCCCACCUGUGGCCAGGCCAGAGGGACUGAGACUCACAGUCAAGACAGGUAUCAGACAAGGCAGGUUGUGACAGGAGGACACAUUCAGACACAGCCAGGUUCACAAACCCAGACCUACACUCAGACCAGGGAGCUUGACAGGAGCCAGCAGAGAGGAAACACUAGCAUCCAGUCACAGGAGUCCAUCAUAGGCUCUGAGGUCCACAGUCAAGACGCCUAUCAGUCGAGACAGGCUGUGACAGGAGGACACAUUCAGACACAGGGAGGUGCCCCCCAGGCCGUGGGACAGGACAGCGGCCAGAUUACAAGCCACCCCGGGGCAGGAGAACAGGGCCAGCCCCAGAGGCAGCCAGGCAGUAGUCAAAGACAGACACAGGUGAGCAACUGCGAGGCAGGAGAGACAGUGCUGGGAGGGCAGGCCCAGACUGUGACGGGCAGGCAGGACAGAAGCAGUACUCAGCCCCCGCGCAGUGCAACAGGAGCCCAGGGAGCAAGAGAGCCCACCGUGGUUCAUCAGGAGUGGGUUGAUGACCACACGAGGGAGACGGUGAUCCGAAGGCAGGACGAGGGCAGCCUGCACGCUGGUGUCCCUUCAGCACAAGGCCGGGAGGCGGCCCAGCCAGAAGGGAAGCGAGGCCUCACAGCCAGGGGACUGUAUUCCUACUUCAAAAGCAGCAAGCCAUGAGUGCCCCGGCCCUGGACUCCAGGGCCCAGCACAGAGAAGAGCAGAGGGCAGUUGGUUUGCUGUGCCCUGGCCAGUCCGGCUAGCAAGUCCAUGAACGUUAGCUCAUCAUCGUGGUACUUCGCUCUUAGCUCUUUCUCCGUGAGGCCAUUUCUGCAAGGUGACUGCUGUUCUAAAGUUUUCUCUCUUACCUGCUCUGCUGAGCAGACCCUCUCAGGGGCACGAAGACAUGCAACAACUCAUCCCUUUGUGCCGUGUUUUCCUUAGCUUGUGGGGGGUUUCAGUUACUUUUAUAGAUUCUGCUGUCUGUCCAUUGCCUCAUCUAUCCUGAUGCAUCAAUAAAAGCUUCCUAAGC